GGACUCACAUGUAGAUCUAGUGAAAACAAUACAGCUAUACUAACAAUGGGUGCAUUGAAGAGGUACAGUUAUUUAGUAAGCACUGUUCUACUGGUGUUGCUGUUUGGAGCGGCUGGAGUCUUUAAUGUGCUACCAAUCUUUAUUGACAUGCCUGGGAACGACAUGCCAAAUCAGUUCCGUCGUUUUGUCCAUAUACCUCCAUUGAGCUAUCUAAAGGUUCAUCCUGACCUCUACAUGUUCAGUGUUGGUCUGUCAGAGCUGAUAGCAGCAGGUAUCAUCAUACUAGCAUCAAGAGGAGGCAGGGCACAGACACUGGCCACUUACUAUCUGGGAAUAGUAAUGAUAGGAGCUGCUUAUACUCAUGCUAUGGUGGGGGACCCAGUGGAGAAGUUUGGAGGAGUAUUGAUGGGGAGUGUACUAGUGCUGGUGAGACUGUACUCCAUGAACAAGUUGAAGUUGAAGUUUGACUGAAAGAAACUAUUAAUAUUACUAGCUAUCAUCAUGCAUUACCUCAGUAUGAGUUCAGGACAGUACAUUAUACAUAAUAGUACUAGUAGUAUUGAGUGUAUGUAUGUGAUAUAAGUUUCUUUCUUUCAUAAAUUGAUUCCAUUAA